UCUUCAAUCCUUGUGUAUGUAAAAAGUGUAGCCUGAUUAAAAAGAACUACCUAUAAAAAAUGCAUAAAAUACUACCUUCCUUGUGCCACUUGCUGAUUCUCUGCAUACGAUAUACAUAGAUUUUUCUAUCAAAUCCAAGUCCAUUUUUCUUGUCCCCAUUGAAUUUCAAAUGUUGUCACCUUAUAAGCGUGGGUGUUUGUUAUUUUUGUGACUAUCUCCCUUUGGAUACAGAGUGAAGUGGUGUUGCUUAUUUUUUAACUUGCGUCAAGUUUAAAACUCAGAAUAAUGAGACACUUCCCUAUCACGCUGUCUCGAGUGGCUCUGCUGCUAGUCCACGCGGCCGGCGCUGGCCUGGCGUCUCCUGCAGUCCUGGUGACGCGGCCGGCCCCCCGCGCCCUCUUGGAGUGGCUGCCCAGGGACAACCAGACCGUUUAUAGGCUGGAUAAGGGAGAGGUUCGGAGAUUAGAGCUGAACACGUCAUCCAUGACGGAAGCAGCAGUGUUCAUCACAGUGAGCCCGUGUGCGCGGGACCUGCACUGGGCCGUGUACCGCGGACAGGCCGGCUGCUCCGAUAGUCGCCUGGGCCUCGUUGCCGAGCACGAAGACGCAGACGUCCACACGUUCUCUGCAGUAGUCGGGAAACAGGACCGAUAUGUAUUACAGCUAUCCACAAUGUUGGGCGGCGCGGCGGCCGUGAGCGUGCGAGGGGAGACCUCGAGACCCGCCCGGAUGAGGCUGCGGGUCCGGUCUAGACGACGACUAGCUGCUAACUGGGACCCUAGCCCCGUCGACCCUCAAGCAACUUCCUACUGCGUGGUGGCGUCACGCAGAAGAAACUACACAUCACUCUGUGCCGCACAGUUCGACCUAAAAAUUAACCGAUUGGAGAACAAACAGAAUCGAUUCACUGGGCAGAAUCGAGUGAUCCAAGACCAUAGUGGAAUGGAAGCGUCAACAGAAUUUGACAAUAAGAUAGAAGUUGAUAGAGACGUCAGUUUGUUUGAUGCGUACGAUUCUGCCAAUUUCAACAGUAUCUAUAGAAGGAAAAAGUAUAGUCGCAGUACGAAAGUCACGAACAUAGACCCAGUCAUCGCCUGUGUUGGAGAUAGGACUCAUCAUUUGAUAGAAAACUUAGAUCCAAGUAUUACCUACCACGUGUCGCUGUUCGGGCUGGGCCAGGACCGGCGCGCCGGUUCACUGCUGGCGGCCGGGAGCGUGCGCCCGCGCACGUCGGUCGCCAAGAGACUGAGGGAAAGCGUCCCUUAUGCGGCUGAGUUGAAGGGGAGACAGGUGUUUUAUUUCAAGUCGACAAUAAGCGCAGGGGGCGGGCUGUGGCUGGUCGUGUCCACGUGCGGCGGCGCUGUCGAUGCGGACGUCUUUGUGAGAGGCACACGUAUUUACUCAGGAAAGAAUAUUGAGCCCUACAAGAACAUCUUCAUCCCGGCUCCGAUGUCCAGCUCCUCCAUCCAAGAGACCAGUGAUGAGGGGGUCCAGUUUGACUCCAGCAGUUCAGAAGAAACGAGGAUGCGCUACGUCAUCAAGCUGACGCCGAGUCGACGGGACUCUUGGAGCGGGGACUUGGGAAUACAGCUAAUAGCGUCAACAUCACGCUGGGGCAUCAACACGCCGGAGCUGGCGGCUGGUGACGGCGCCACGGUGCGUGAGCUGCGCCCGCGCAGGUCGUGUCGCUCCGUGGAUGUCGCCUUCUUACCCGCUUCUCAUCAUGCCACUGAUGUUAUCAGAUAUUGCAUCUCAGCAAGUGAAAUCAUAAAUGGAGAAAGUGACAGUAAGUGUCAUUUCUCGAAGAAGCCAACGUCGAAAUUGCAGUGCAUUAACCGAUCCCAAAAAUCUUCGGUGAAGGUGAUUGUAAGAAAAGUAGAAAAUCUCAAGCCGGGACGAAAAUACGCAAUACAAGUCACUGCCGAGAGCAAAGGAUCUGCUGUGCCAUACAAGACGCUUUAUGUCGAUACAAAUAUAUCUUGUAAAAACGAUAAACUAGGUAGGUUUAUCAAAAGUAGCAGUGAGGUAGAUUCAUAAUGGGUCUCUUAGAGUUAAGGAUUAUCAAUAGAUACAAAUAGAGUGGAAGUUGAUGGAACCAUACCCGCGACAUCUUAAUAGAUUUUCAAAAGUGAUAAAUGAAAGGUAGUGAGCACACAAGAAAAAGACACAGGUGGUAACUUCAACUGAGAUUCUUGCGAACUCGGGAUAUUCGUGAAUUGAAUAGUGAACCCUAGGAAGUAAGGCCUAUGAGUGAACCUGAGUCACUCAUAAAGUAACUUUUAAAGUGGAAUUAUUUAGUUUAAAGUGCCAUAUCCUGGCGAUAGAGACAAAAUUACCUGACUGGCGUGCAAACAUAAGGUUGUAAUUAUCAGAUGUGAUCGUGUCGAAUUACCUAGUUGCUUAGUGCCAAUGUAUAAAAAGCUAACUGACGAUGUAGACAACUUAUUAACAUGAGACCGUGCUGCUUGAAUGAAACAGACAACAUUUAAUUGAACGCUGUUGU